AUGUCGCUGUGCAGGGAUGCCCGAUUCCAAGAUCUCAAAACGUUCGUCGAUUGUCAUGAGAAAGAACAGCUAAGCAUCUACCAGCAGUUACUCAACGAUCCCGACCGUUUCAAUAAAUACACGCGUUUUAUUGACACCCCUGAUGGUGCUGUACUGUUCGACUUCUCUAAACAUCGGAUUUCCGACAUCUCUUUUGACAAGUUGCUCGACGUCGUGAGUAUCUAUUCUUGGCAUUCCGAU